AGAAAAAAAGAAAGAAUGGUGUUCUGCCUGCUCCUUUUGAUCAAGUUUCUUUGUGUCUUAACUCUUACAGUCCUGAUUCAUGGGCAAGAUCAAUCAGGAUUCAUCAGCCUUGAUUGCGGCUUACCCGAAAAAACCAGUUAUAGCGAUGAAAUAACAGGCUUAAAUUAUAUAUCGGAUGCAUCAUUCAUCGAAACAGGCAUCAGUACGAGUGUUUCAUCUGAAAUCAGAGUCUUUUUUAAACAGUUACAGUAUGUCAGAAGCUUUCCUGACGGAGUCAGAAACUGUUACAAUGUGGAAGUUAUCAAAGACAGAAAGUAUUUGAUCAGAGCUGUUUUCUUGUAUGGAAAUUAUGACGGUUUAAAUAAGCUACCGGCGUUUGAUCUGUAUAUAGGACCGAAUAAAUGGGAUGAUAUUCAAAUCGCCAACAUAACCACUCGUUACAGCAAGGAAAUAAUACAUGUUCCGAAUUUGAACCGUAUAAGUGUUUGUCUUGUCAAAAUUGGACCCUGGACACCUUUCAUAUCAGCUUUAGAGAUAAGACCUCUGCAGAAUGGAUCGUACACCACCGUUUCUGGAUCUCUGUCACUCUUCAAUCGGUUAGAUGUCGGCUCAUUAACCGGUCAAGCUGUCAGGUUCCCCGACGAUGAAUACGAUCGUCUAUGGUUUCCGUUGAAUUUUGAGAAAGGGAAGAUUAUAAAUACCACAGAGACCAUUAAGACAGGUCUUGAUAUCAAGUUCGAGCCACCAUCGACAGUAAUGAGCACUGCUAACGUACCUAUAAACGAGAGUGAACCGUUGGAAUUCUAUAUAGAAACUGGGGGUAACAGCUACGAAUUUUAUGUUUAUAUGCACUUUGCUGAAAUUUUAAGGCUUGAAGCGAACCAAUCCCGAAAUUUCAACAUUUCUGUGGAUCGAAAAAUGUGGUAUGGACCUGUUAUACCUCAAUACUUGUCUGCAGUCACUAUAUAUAGUGAAAAUCCCCUGCCUCAAGGAAAAUAUUCCUUCUCCCUCUUUAAAAUCGGAAAUUCAAACCUACCGCCACUCAUCAAUGGGAUCGAAGUUUUCGGUGUUGUUGACCUUUCACAACCGCAGACCGAUGAAGAUGAUGUUGACGCUAUCAUGAAAAUCAAGUCAACCUAUAAAAUUACGAGAAACUGGCAGGGAGAUCCAUGUGCCCCACAGGAUUAUGUAUGGCAAGGUCUUAAUUGCACCAACACUAGUACUCAUUCAUCAGUCAUCACAUCUUUGGACUUAUCCUCCAGUGAAUUGACUGGAGAAAUACCUUCUGAUAUAUCAGGUCUGAAAUCGCUAGCAUCUCUGGAUUUAUCAAACAAUAGUUUAACGGGAUAUGUGCCGGGUUCUCUCUCUAAAUUGCCCUUGAAAUCCCUGAACUUGGCAGGAAACAAUCUGACAGGAAAAAUUCCAGCAGUCCUCCGGGAUAAAUGGCAACGAGGUUUACUGGUUCUAAAUACCAGUGGAAAUCCAGAACUCUGUGAAUCAGAUUCUUGCAACAAAAAAAAGAAAAAGAAGAACGUCACAAUUCCUGUUGCUGCCUCUAUCGCUGGAUCUCUUAUUAUUAUAGUUGGCAUGGCAAUGAUUUUAUGGAAGGUUAAAAGAAACAAGCAGCAAGCUGUAUUUGUCGGGCCGAGGAACAUAGAAGGUGAAACCGGGAGAGAAGACCUGGAGUUGAAAAAACGACGGUUCACAGUUUCCGAGGUCCAGCAGAUGACCAAUGAUUUUCGGAGGAUUAUUGGAAGAGGAGGAUUUGGAACAGUUUAUCAUGGUUACUUGGAUGAUCUCGAAGUCGCGGUGAAGGUGUUGUCUCUAUCCUCUAUUCAAGGGUAUAGAGAGUUCCAAGCAGAGGUUAAACUUCUUUUGAGAGUUCAUCAUAAGAACCUGACGUCCCUCGUCGGAUACUGCUACGAACAGAGCUACAUGGUACUUAUAUAUGAGUAUAUGGCUAACGGAAAUCUAAGAGAUCGCCUAUUAGAUGGAAGCACAAAAGUCUUGAGUUGGGAGGGGAGACUCCAGAUAGCCCUUGAGGCAGCACAAGGAUUGGAGUAUCUUCAUAAUGGUUGCAAGCCGCCAAUUAUACAUAGGGACGUUAAGAGCACAAACAUUUUAUUGAACAACAACUUUCAAGCAAAAUUGGCUGAUUUUGGGCUUUCGAGAGCAUUUCCGGUCGAAGGUGGCUCUCAUGUGUCUACCACAGUUGCCGGCACUCCUGGCUACCUUGAUCCUGAGUACUAUGUGAGCAACUGGUUAACAGAGAAAAGCGAUGUGUUUAGCUUCGGAGUUGUUCUGUUAGAAAUAAUCACAAGUAAACCUGUAAUUUCAAGAACCCGAGAAAAGGUUCAUCUAAUUGAUUGUGUUAGCUCAAUGGUUGAACAUGGAGACGUUCUUGGUGUUGUUGAUCCAAGAUUAGGCGAACAAUUCAACGUUAACUCACUGUGGAAAGUUGUUGAACUAGCAAUGACUUGUGUAUCUGCAACUUCUGCAGAAAGGCCAACUAUGACUCGAGUAGUUAUAGAUCUGAAUGAAUGUUUAGCAGCAGAGGUGGAAAGAACAAGGGACGCAGAUAGCUCACAAUCCAAAUGUUCUGCUGAAUUCAUGACUCUGGCUAUGCAUAGCGGACAAACUCCACUUGCAAGAUGAAAAAUUAUUACCUGCAACAAUGUGUCACGUCAUUUUACAACACAUCUUUUACAUUACAAAUAUACUAGUGUCAUGUUUUGGGCAUAUGCAGACUGCUAAAUAAAUAAAAAGCAUUAUGUCCAAAAAAAAAGUAAAAUUUAUCGAUAUUAGUUGUAAUAAACACAUGUUGUAUGAAAUAAUUACUCUCGCAAGAUAGUCUUUUCAUUUUCCAUUUACCUUUAGACAAAAAUAAUUUACUUAUAUUGAGGAAACAUUCUUGGCUAGACCCGUUUAAUGGAAGAUCCGGUCUAUGCAAGAAAUUUAUUUGUAUUAAAUAAAUAUUGUGUGUUGGUA